CCUUUCUCCAUGAUGUACUGGAUGACUAAUCCUACUCUACCUCCCCUGUCACCUGUCAAACAACUGGGUGAGACAUCGACUUCACAUUCGCCGAUCCCGUAAUCCCCUUGAUCACUUCAUGUCAUGGCUGUGUCAACCCCCACCCUCACCCUCACCCUCACGGCAGUACCUAUAGCGAAUAGGAUAGGCCAGAGUCUCUCAAUACGUCUGUCUAGCCAGAGGCUCUUCUCGUCGAAAGCAGAACGAAUGGAGCAACCUCCUUGGCUUCGAAAUCUCCUGGCCGACGUCCACCCACCCCCAAAGCUCUAUGCCUGGACAACCUCCAAUCUUCCCCAGGAUACGGACUCGGAGAAGUCCAACUCUUCCCCGAGGAAACCCCUUCAGCCGGCCCAUGUGGAAUCGUGUUCCGAUCCAGAAAGACGGCGGCGCAUCUACAUCCUCGGAAUCGGCAACCUCGGCAUCCUCUUCGCAACAUCCCUCGCCAAACUCCCGGAUAGACCGCCUAUCACCCUCGUAGUCCACCGAGAAGAGCUCCUCCGCUCAUGGGCCGCCCAUCCGGGCCUAGAGAUCAUCCGCGGCAGCACCACCGAGAAGCUUGCAGACUUCAACGUCGAAUGGUGGACCGACCAGAAACCCACAACGGGCACGGCAACCGAGGUCGCCCAAGGCUCCGUCAUCCCAACCCUCCUCGUCACCACCAAGGCAUCCGUGGCCUUGCCGCAGGUAGACCGCAUCCGCCGCUACCUCGGCGCGACCUCGACCGUCGCCUUCGCCCAGAACGGGAUCUGCAAGCUCUGGCCCCCCUACGGCGCCGUCUACACCUCGUCCCGCUUCCCUCCGGGCGCCCAUCCCAACUUUUUCGCCUGUGUGACCACCCACGGCGUCACUUCCGACGGUCGCUUCCGCAGCGAGCACGCCUCCGUCGCGGACGUCAAGGCCGGGCCCGUGCUGCUGAAUCCCUCUGCGGAGGAGGACGAGGACGCCGCCGGCAUCCCGGCCUACCUCCCUACCCUACUCGCGCGGGCCCCGGGACUCCACGGGAAAAGUGUCCCCACCGACGACCUCUGGAUCCUGCAACUCGAGAAACUGGCCGUCAACUGCGUGGUCAACCCGUUGACCGCCGUCCUUCGGUGCAAGAACGGCGCCUUGUUCGAACGCCCCGACGGGGCCGUCAUGCAACUCAUCGACAAGCUCCUGCUGGAAGCGAGCGCGGUUUUUCGGCAGCUCAUCCAAAGUCCCAGCACGGAUGCCAUCCUGGGAAAGGAAAGGCGGGAGGAAGGAAGCAGCAGCAGCAGCAGCAGAAGCAACAGCGACGAGGUAGUAAUCGAUCGCGACAUCCUCCUGGACCGCUUCUCGUACCCGCAACUGAAGCGCAUGGUCCUGGAGGUCGGACACAAGGUCCGCCAGAACACCAGCUCGAUGUUACAGGACGUCCGGGCGGGCAAGCCCACGGAAAUCAGGGACGUCAACGGCUGGCUCCUCGACACUGCCGCCAUGCUGGGACGCCAGGCGGACGUACGCCAUCAUAGGACCCUCGUCGCCCUCGUUGAAUCCCGAACCAUCGUCGACGAGGAAUCGAUCCUCGACCACUUUCCUUCCUUGCGCCCUUCUUCGGCCGAUGGCCCCCAAGCCGGGAGCCGAUAGGCGAACAUCAUUCUCUCCUUUUUGCGUUGCCCCCAAAAUCCCAGCCAGUGGAAGAUGCUCAGAUUAGCGAAUCUCACGGCGGGGCCAUCGUGUUGUCCUCCCGCGUACAAACGUAUAGUAUAGCCUGUCCGGAAGAAUAAGAAACAACAACACGCGCCGAUGCCAAUCGCACAAUCGCCCUGCUAGCCCUUCUCGCUCCCCGCCUAUCAUUGUUGCCCGGUGGCGCCACAGUCAGACGAAACCUACUCCGCCCCCCGCUCUCAGGGGAAGGCUUCUCUGGCAAACCGACAGGCCUACAUACUCACGAGUGGCGCGGCAAAAGAGGAGCGUCUCUCCGGCGCAUCACCGGCAAAUUC